GCCGCCUGUCCGGGCUAGAAGUUCAACAGGUGCAGCGGGGAGCCGCGGGGCCCUCGGCCUGCGGAAAUUCCGCUUUUUCAUCCCGUCCCAGGAAGGGCCGCGGCAUCCUGACCGGGCUGGGCGAGGAGAAGACCCCAAACCGUGGGGCUGCCGCGUCCAAACGCUUGCUGUGGGUCGGUCGCCCUGCGGAGAACGCUUUCAGCCGUAGUAAACACUGGCGGCUGCUGUUGCGCCGCCACUUAGAAAUCCAACCGGUGGAGAUUCGCUGCCCCACACUACGUUCGGGGCCUCAGAUGUGUGCCUGAUGCUGAGGACUAAAGUUCCUCCUCGCUGUUAUGGCAAAACAGUAAUAAUGAGGGAGAACUUCCUUCUGGGAGAUAUUCCAAAGCCGUGAUCAAGGAGGUCUUUUGGUCCUGCCAUUUCUCCCUGUUUCUAGCAUUAAUUUUAGGGCAGUUAACCGUUCACACCUUUCCUUUCGGGAUAGCAGUUCACCCACAGCAGCUUACCAGUAAGCUAAGGAAUUGUUGCGUUUUCUCUUUACCGGUGAAAUUUCGCUCCUUUUUUUCCAGCCGGUCUCCAAGGAUCCCGGAGCAGGUGGGAAGAUGGAACAAGAGACGUGGGACGUUUUCUGCGUCCCAGACCGUUGCUGUUUCUUAGUGUUUUUGGAAUACUUGCGUUAUUAUCGAAGAUGCUUUUAGCCUCUCCGUCCCUAAAGUCCGAAAGCCAGGGGAGGAUGGUUUGAAAGGGCAAACUGCUUUUCCUGCGUUUGGAGAGAAAUCCUGUAGAGAUCCUCACACUAAAAACUAUUCCGUGGGAGCAUUAACAGCCUUGUGGUUUUUGGAGAGGAAAUAGGUUUGAAGAUGGGGAAAGUGCAGAGAAGCUUAUUUUCUUCCUGUCAAGUUCUUGUGUUUUCAGGAGAACAUUAAAGAAAAGUAUUCAACAGGCACCCCCCUUUCUUUCUGUUGUCGAGAUGUAUCUUCUCAUGGAUAUGAAAAAUGGGAUGUUUUGAGGGGAGGGAAGGAUUGCAACGCUAUGGGAUUAGCCAAAGAUUAGGUAAGAAAUAUUGUUGAGAAAACGCUGGCUUGUAGGACAUUAUUGUAAGGACAGCCACUUCACGCACAAUGACUUUUCUCUGGUGGGUCUCACGUCUGUAUAGUAGUCUGUAUAGUAGUGAUGUGCGUCGUCUGUAAAAACAGGUAUCUGCAUUUAACCCUAUAUACAUAAUGUGCUGAUUUGGGAUUUCCUGCGGCAUGAAAUAAAAGUCUGUGAUUGCCAAGGAACAGCAGGAGUUUUAAAUUCAGGUUGUAGGGAAUUUAUCUGUUGAAGCCUUGGUGCUGCUCCUAAAAGGCAUUUUUUCAAAGUUGCGUUGCAAAUUGCAGUGCUUGGCAGUUUUUUUUAUCUUCCAGGGGAGAUGUUGAUGUCUCUUGUUCGAUUUUCCAAGAGCCUGGAGGUGCUGGUUGGCUUAAACUGAUUGCGUGGUAGUCCUUUCACAAGGAAGUAAUCUGUGUAAUGUUCUGCUUGUCACCAACAACAUAAGCUUGGGAGAAAUGUUGAUUUGAAAAGUGGUACCCACUUGAAGUAGAAAAAGCUUAAUUUCCUUUCCUCUGUUUGAAGGAUUACUUUUGGGCUUGUCUAUUAGCAUGGCUAUAGGUGAAUUCAGUAUUGGCUCUCUUCCCCCAGCAUAAAUGUAUACGAAUGCAACCUGUUUUUUUGUGUGAAAACUUGCCUCAUAUUACCUGACACAUUAUGCCUUUGGGGGUGGCUGUAUUACAUUUAAGUUUAUCUUGCCUUUUCACUUUCAAGUGCAGGGAAAUGACAGCUGUAAAUCAUUCAGUACAAGAUGGUACAUCUUCUGUUGUUUCAAGUCCUGCCAUUUCUCCCUAUUUCUAGCAUUUUAUGACAGUUAGUAGUUUACAUCUUACCUUUCAGGAUAGCAAUUCACCCACAGCAGCUUACAAAUAAGCUAAGGAAUUGUAAUUACAAACAUGGUAAAUAGUGCACGCAGCCAGGCUGAGAAAGGAUCGUGCGUGAGUUUAUGUGGCACGCGGUGUUUCCCCACAUCGAUGCUGCUUGUGGUACAAUUGGCGCAGAGGCAUUGUGGAUGCUGUGCUACUUGGAGCGUGUUCUGCGAUCAGUUUCCCUUUCUUUUUGCUGCUGUAGAUGCCAUGCAUUAGUAUUUGCAUUUCCAUAGUCAGCCCAGCUGAUCGGAGUAAGACCUAACCCAAAUGUGUAGGGUCUGUAGGAGUGUGAUGAUUGGUUGGAAUUCUGGGAAUUGUAGUCUCCCCGCAUCAACAUGCCAUCAGUUUGGGAAAUGGCACACUGGCGCUACAACAGCAUUUCUCAAAUAUUUUGAAUUUUCAGGUUGCCCAUGGCAGACACUUGACCUUACCUGGAACAAGAUGUGCUGCACAUCUGAUUGUAUUAACUUUAAAAAAACAAAAACCAUACUGAUGGUUAUCUUUAACUUUCCUUCAGGGGUGUAAAAAAUGCCAGAUGGGGGAAAGGCAGUUUUGGGAGAAAAUAUGUGCAGUGUAUGUGGGUUGUAAAUACUUGAUAUGUCUCCCACCUUCUCCCCCCCCCCCCUUUUUGCUACUAGAUUGCCACACUGGAAACUUACACCUAUCGUGGAGAGUCAGGUUUUGCCACUCUGGCUGCGACUUCUUUUUUAAAAAAGUCUGUGAUCCAAGUGAUCAGAGGUACUCACGGGAUCAAGGCUCUUGCCAAGAUGGCAGAAGCAGAAUCACGCUGUUGCCAUGGGUUUUAAGAUUCUGAUUCACCGCCUGUGACUUCUGCACACAUCAGUACCAAAACAAUGUCAAUUCUAAGAAGCAGCUUGGGGUCCUCAGAGAGUAAUAUUGCGCACGAGCUUUCUAGUGUGCAUGAAAUAUUUUCAAGUGAAAUACUGCCUUCAAAUUCAACAAGUUUGACAGGAAAGAAUGGGUACCAGGACUCCCUGUACCUCAGUGCCGCUCACAUUUUUCAAGGCAUCCGUAAUGAAAAAGCUCAAGAUAAAAUACUGGUGAAAUACGGGAUUGGGCCAUCGCCAUCUCUUCCAGACUUCAAAGACGAACAGUUCCAGCGUUUGUCCUACGAACUGGCGUUCAGUGCUCUAAAGUAUCAAGAUGUUUUGGAAAAUAUAUUGAUAGACAGUGGCGUUUAUCCAUUGCAGUCAAUAUCAGAUGACUUGACCAGCUUAGUCGUGGUGAUGCUCUAUGAUCUCCAGGAUCGGAAGUUUGAAGCUCGCUCUGAUCUCGAGGAUGAGGAAACGAUAGCAGAGGUUCAAGAAAUUGAGCGUUAUCUAUGCAGUUUUAAGACCAAACUAGCCGCUGCAUUAGCAAGAUGCCGAAUCAAGCAUGAUGCUCUUUCUAUAGAACAUAUUCUGCCAGAAACUAUUCGGAAGCAAGAGCAGAGGGCCUCCACCCUGCCCCUGUACACCUGGGUAAACACGCUGAAAGUCAGCCUUGAAGAAGUUCAUAGCCUUUUACGGAAAGAAGGCUUCACAAAAGUAGAAUCUAUCUCAGAUUUUGAUGGCUAUGCGUAUUGCCUGGAUAAGCACUGUGAAGAUGUACUCAUUUUCCCGUCUUUUCUUAAAGAAAAGCUCCUUACUUUGGACCUCUUUACUAAUUACAAGCUCCUACUGCAAGAUAACUCUCGGAGUCUUGCGGUACAUUCGGUGAAAGCUCUGCUGAAUAUGGAUGAUGAUAUUUUAAUUGCACAUAUGGGGUCAUGGCUCACUCUGGCUCACAUGUCAGUGCUGACAAAUCAGGAGACCUGCCGAGUGUUUGUAUGCGGAGUAAAGUCCAUGGCCAAGGAAGCUGAACUGAAGGAUUUGUUUGCACGGAUGGAGUGUAGAAAUAUUGAGCUGCUUCAUGAAGAUUUUACAAACAUUGAACCCACUUAUUCCAAACUGCAGAAAGUGAAAGUGAUUUUGCUCCUGCCUCGCUGUUCAGGCCUGGGUGUUAGCAAUCCAAUUGAAUUUAUUUUAAAAGAGCAUGAAGAUGCAGACUUACUUAGAGAUCUCUCUCAAGGAUCAGUAGCCGAAGAUAAACUGAGCACGCUUGCUCAACAGCAGCUGAAAGAGCUGACACAUGCAAUGCAGUUUGCUAAAGUGCAAGCCGUGGUCUACUGCACCUGCUCAGUGUACCCAGAAGAAAAUGAAGUGGUGGUGAACAAAGCCUUGGCCUCUGGAGCGGAAGGAGCAAAGGCCCAGCCGUACAAGCUUUGCCCACCAGUUCUUCCUUUGUGUUCUAAGCUGGAAGUCAAUUCAUCUGCGGAGAACUUUUUCCGGCUGGAGCCCUCGGAUAUUUCUAAUAGCUGUUUUAUAGCUGUUUUAGGCCGAGAGAGAGAUCCAUCUGAGUCUGUGUCCGUGAAAGAUGUUUUAGCUCGUGCCGCAGCAAAAGGAUUGCUGGAAGGUAUCGAUUUAGCAAAGCCCUCUAAGAAAGAAGAAAAAAAGAAAAAGAAGCACAAAGUAAUCCAGGCGAAGAAUCCGGUUAAAGAGGCAGUGAUGCAAUCUCGGAUUCAGGAGUUCCUGGAACGAGAGAUGAAACCUGGCAUGACUGAUACGGACUCUUCCAUAUCUAGCGUGGUUGCCAGUACUUCUCAGGUGAUGACUCAAACCAGUGAGUCCGCAGCCUUGAAGAAACCAGCCCACCCCCUCUCAAACUCCUCUCUGCCUGUGAUGGCAAAGAGUAGCCUCACCGCCACCUCAUCCAUGCAAAAAGUACUUGAGAAACAACGGAAUGCCAGGAAACCCAAGUCCGAUGAUCGGGUCAUGAUCUUGAAACCUGUUGAGAUUGUCCUGCCUCCCGUGAUGAUGCCUUAUUUUAACCCACAAGGGAACAGGGCCCAGAUCUCAUCUAAUCACUAUUAUUAUCGUUGGGUUGGUGCAAAAAAUGGAACACUAAGCCCUUCAGCAUCCAAAAAACUGAUUAAGUCAAAAGAGCCCUCCCCAUCGUCGAUGGCCAAGCAAUCUCGUCCGUGGCUUUGAAGACGUCCCGAUCUUUAUUUCUUCAGAACUUGAGACCGAUGUUCAUCUUACUGUAAACUCCUGAAUAUCAUUUGGGCGCUAAAUGUAAGAAGCAAAGUGCUUUUAGAAAGCAAUUAAAAUGCUGAUCUCUUCAUGGCUAUUAUGAAUGUAGCAGAGGAGCUGUUUUGCAAAGGUUUUUAUUACGUAAUGCUUGCAUCCAGUUUCAGUACCUUUUGAAUGUCAAAAGAUCUAAUAUUCACACUUGGAUUAUGCAGAUCAUUGGAGGAAACUCUAUAAAGGUUUAUAUGGGCAAUAGCUAAUUAGUUUUAAGCCACAACAGAGACAUAUUUUGUCUGAAUGCAUCUAAAGCUACUGAAUUUUAAGGCUAGCCAUUACCAUUAUAAAUGAAAACAGGCUAUACAGAUAGAAAAGGGUGAUAAUUGUUUAUUCCUGAGGUGUUUCACAUCAUUCCUCUUGGGAAUUUGGAAUAUGUUGCCUUUUUCUGCCUUUAGAAGAUCACUCCUGGCCUGCAAAACGAUCCUUGAAGACUUCAGCCUGGUUUAUAAUCCACUCAGUCUUCCCUUAAGAAAGAACAGCUUUUUAAAAAAAGUUUAUAGCUGUCACUGCUUUGAAAGAUAAAUGGUAACUACAAGAAAGUUAAAACAUUUGGACAAAAGAAUUUUUCUGGCUUUGUUGGUGUAACAGCAUCAUUAUUACAUCCUUUCAUUUAGCUUCAACAUGACAUCGAUUUUCAUUAGCAAGUCAGUAUAAAUCAUCAAGUUAUUAUGCCAUAUGGUUAACUGGAAACAAAGCAUAUUAAACAAUUCCUGAUUAAUUAUUUUCUUAACUGUAGUUUUUUAUUUCCCCCCUGGAAAGCAGCAAAUUGGUUGGCUUGGUUGUGACAUGCACAUUUUGGAGCUGAUUUGUGCGUUACAGAAAAGAUGAAGUUCUUCAUAGGCUAAUUGCAGACUUUCUAGAAUAACUGAUGGGCAUUCGUUUGUUUAAGGUAUAAACCUAUUUCUUGAAGCUGGGCUUCUCAGAUGUCUCUUCCCACAUUUUCAAACUGUCCUUGAAUAUAAUGAAAAAAAAUGCAGUACAAUAUCGAAGUAUGUAUUAUUUGUUAGAGUUGUAUUAAGUUUGUAUACAGCAAGAAUGAAAUAUUUGUCCACAAGUGAUUGGAACAGGAUGCAUCAUAGGCAACAAAGCUUUGCUGUGAGUUGACUGGUGAGCAAGGACCAAUAAACUCCAGGGUGAGCAGAGAAUUUUGUUCCAGGGCAGAGAAUUCUAAUAGUUCCACUGAAAAUGUAUAUUCUCUAGGAUACUUGUAAAACCCAGUCUAGUCUACUAAAAUGUAAGGGAAAAUAUAGGUUGGAUGGGACCUUAUCUAGUCCAGUCUCCUGUUUCAGUGCAGGAAUGCACUAAAUCAUCCCUGCCUGGUGGCUGUCCAGCCUCUGAGAAACUUCCAGUGAGGGGGGUCCACUCUUGUUCAAGGAAGAUCACUGCCCUGCAUUACCACCAGCAAAAUCUUCCAAUAUCCAGCAUCAGCUCCUAUCUUUUGAUUUGAAGCUGUUAGACCUUCUUCAGCUCUUGGAUUCAGGAGAAACCAGGUCUAUCCUUAAGCUUGCCCCCUUAUCAGCUUGAUAGGCCUCAGAAUCCACUUCAGGUUCUCUAUGUCCCUUUUUAAGGUGUGGUGGCUAGUUCUGACAAAGUACUCCAAGUGAGAGCCAACCAGCACAGAAUACAAUGGGAUCGCUCUGCUGUCUGUCAGUCUAGCCCAAGAUUGCAUUACAUUGAAUUUUUAGCUGCUGCAUCACAUUGCUUGCUCAUGUUCAGCCAAUGGUCAGCUAAUAAUUUUAGCUCGUUCUUACAUGCCCUGCUGCCUAAUGAGGUCUUGCCAAUCCUGUAUUUAUCGAUCUGAUUUUUCUUACUGAUACAUAGGGCUUGCUGUGCCACAGUUGAACAUCAUUCCAAUGUUCAAACUUGAGGUCAUUAUAAAUUAUCCUUGAUGGUGUUAGCCAAUCCCCUUCAAAAUCUGGUAACCACCUCUUCCAUUCAAACCCUGUUAUUUAUAAAGAUACCAAACAGCUCCAGAUCAAAAAUGAAACCCUUCCAGGACAAGGCAGAACCUUCUACAGGUAUACUUGGGGUCCGUUGCACCAAUGUCCAUAAUGUUUGCUUGUUUAGGUGCCCCAUAAUACAUGCUGAAAACUACAAUUCUGUUUCUUACUUUUUAAUCUUACCCAAACACUUUCACAGGACUCGAACAUUUAGGGGCAUUUAUUUUUUCAAAAGCCUAGGC